AUGUCAGCUGGUAAAGAACCACCCAAUUGGUGGAAAGAACGGGAAAAAGAAAGAAGAGGAAAAGAAGAAGCAGAAGAAGAAGACGAAGAAGAAGAAGAAGAACUGAGUGAUUUGCCGGAAUUGGAUGAUUUUGAUCCCGAUCAACCGUCAACGAGCCAUCAAUACCCGAUGUUUCCUCCAAAUUUCCACCAAUUCGCGCAAUUCCCGCGAAUUCCCGAUCGAAAUCUGCCCACCCAGGUGCCGUUUCCGCAAAAUUACACCCAACGAGCGAUUUUCCGGCAAAACUUAUACAAUGAGCCGAAGCAGCAGCCGAAUUCGAGCUUUCAACAACGUCACUUUUCCCACGAUCAACCUUUUCCACAAGAUCCUCCAAAUCGACCAUCAACUUCUCAGAUUCUUUCACUCCCGCCGCCUCAAUCAAUUCAAUCAAUUCAAUCAAUUCAACCGAUUCAACGGCUUUCUCACGAUUUUCAACAAGAUCUCAAAGAAUCACCUAUUUCCACUCCUUUAUCUUCUACCUCAACAACUCCAUUUUGUGUCUCACCCCGUCCCUCAUCAAAAUCCCCGUCUCGUUUCGGGAAAAUGUUGAAACGCUCGGAUUCGAUUAAGCCACCGCCUGGGUUUCAGAUCACACCCACCGAUCCGAUCUUUCGGCAGCUGGGACCAGCCUAUCCGGGACCGGCUUUUGUUCCGCCACACCCGCAUCCAUACGAGUAUCCACCAAAUAUUGUGAUGCCAGCUCGGCGAACAGGAGGAAGACGACCCAAAGAAGAAAUGCAACCGGAAAUGGAAGACGAAGAUUACGAUAAAAAGCUGAAGAGAAGACAGAGAAAUAAAGAAGCGGCGGCGAGAUGUAGGCAAAGGAGAUUGGAAUUGAUGCAGACAUUGCAAGAUCAAGUCGACAAGCAAAGGGAUGACAAUCGAAAGAAAGAUGUUCAAAUUAAAGAUCUCCGAAAUCAAAUCAACGAUCUGCACCGUUUCCUUCAGAAUCAUGAUUGCAAGAUGAGCCCUGAGCAGCGACAGGCACACAUGAACAUUUCGAUUCCGAACACGUCACAGAACAUUCCCCCACCAAGCUCAAGCCCUCAAACGCAUCCCAUUCAAUCAACCGCCGUCUCCACAAAUGCUUUAAGCAACGCUCAUUCUGGUGGCCCACUUCUGCCACCACAAACGCACAUGACACAACCAAUGAUUCCAUCAUACGGUGCAUCACUUCAAUUGGUUUCAUCUGAUCGGAAACGGCCGCUUCCACAUGCUGAUGUCUUUGCGGCAAAGUUGCCAAAACCCGAACAAACACUCGCCCAAUUGAACAUGAACGGAACAGAGGAUUUGGCUCGACCCGAUCGACUCUUCGAUAUGCCUUCAACAAACGCAUCCGUUGGCUCGAGUUCGUCAACGGUUUUGGUGACUCCAUCGCAGGGUCUCGGCUCGACUCCAUAUCAACCAAAUAAUUCCCUCUCCGGUAUCACAUUUGGGAAUAUUCCCUACACUCCUGGCGCUUCGAAUCUCUUGGACGGUCCAACGGGCAUCACUCCGAUAACCAGCAAUCCCGUGCCAAUUUUCGAGUCUCGAAUCACCGGCGAUGUUCGCGGCGAUUUGGAGAGUCUG